AGCCCGGUCGGCGGGCCGGUCUUGGGUCGCCCACCUAAGGCGCGGCGCUCCUCCUCCUUCUCCUCCCCCGUUCUUCUCCUCCUCCUCCUCCUCUUCCUCGGCCCUCCGCUGGUCGCGGAGACCUGGGCCCCAGGGCCCGGGCCCUCCUCCUCACGCUCCGGCUCCAUGGCGACCGGGAGCAAGGCCUUGCAGAGCACCUGCGCCUACAUCGAGAAGGUGGCCGGCGAGGUUCGCGGCCGCGUGCAGCAGAACAAGGUGCCCUCCCCCGAUCAACUGGCCAGCUAUGUCAAGCAGGUGGUGGACCAGCUCCAGAAGCUGACAAAAGGCGCCCCGCAGAGCAUCAAGGACAGGAUGUCGGGGCCGUGGGGCGGACUGUACGACUUCGCCGGCAACAGACCGCUGAAGCCGAUGACGGUCCACCAGUUUCUGGAGGUGCUAGAGGCCUUGGAGGCGGACUUUGGGGCGCCCGCUGUGCCAGAGGAUGGUGUCAAAGGCGCGGCGCCUGCCGUGGCAUCCCCUGCCGCUUCCGCGCCCGCUGGCUGCAAGGGCGGCGCGGCCGCCGCCGCGGCGCCCGCCAGCGGCAAGGGCGGCGCGGUCGCCGCCGCUGGCAAGGGUGGCGUGCCCGCGGCUGCCGCGCCUGCAGCCAGCAAGGGCGGCACGCCCGCCGCCGGCAAAGGAGGUGCGCCCGCCGCCGCCGCGAAGGGCGGUGCGGGCGUUGCGGGCGGCGCCCACGCCGCCCCGGCGGGAGCGGCGGCGCCGGCCAAGGGCGGCUCUGCCGGCUCGCCCGCCAAGGGCGCCAGCGCUGGGAAGGGCGGCGGCGGCUACCCGCCGCAGGCGGCGCGCGGCCCGGGGCCGUCCCGCGUGACGCGGGGGCGCACAGUUCAGUGCUCAGUGUUCCCCAGGUCUGGACUAGAGGCCCGCCGCUGGGCGCCGGCGGGCGAUGCCGGGCGGGCGGGCCGCGCGCCCGGCGGCGGCGGCUCCGCGCCAGGCGGCGCUUCCGCGUACAGCCCGGGGGAGCCCGUGGCCCCGGCGCAGGCGCCGAGCAGCGCCCCCCUGGGCGGCCCGGGAGAGCCAGCCGCCCCGUGGCUCUGCCCGCCGCGGCCCGCCCUCCCCGCGCGGAGCGGCGGCCCGGGCGAGGUGGUGCCGCGGGAGGCCUUCGAGCUGGAGGGCGCCGAGGUGGAGUAUCGCCGGUGCGCCUGGCGGCGGGCGGCGGAGAUCUUCGCAGAAUUGUCUCGCAUGUCCUCGUGGCAGCGGCGGCCCAUCCGGGUGCGCGACAGGGAGACCAGAGAGAGCAAGGAGGCAUGCUAUCCACGGCGAUGGAUGGGCGCUGGGCCGUCUGGCUGGUGGACUGGAAGCCUUGGUUCAGGGUUGACGCCAAGUGGAGCGUUGGCGGCCAGCGCAAGCGCUGGGCAGACGUUUCAAUCUUCGAGCACACGUGAGGCACACUGCGGCCUGGCGCAACGCCUGGGCAGGUGCCUGAAGGACGGCCUACUGUCUCGUUCUCCACGCCGCCAGGGAUGAGAUAUGGUGCGCGGGCCGUUACAGUGGAUCCUGGCGCGAGGCCGAGGCGUUCCCUGAGGUCGUCCUAGAGGUGAAGCGGAGGGUCGAGCAGCUGCUGGCGCCCCGUUUCGAGGCCUGGGCAUCUCGGUCUGGCCAGGCGUUGUGCUUCAACUACCCGGCCGCCUGGCGGCAAUUCCCAUGUCCUUUCGUCGUCGUCGUCUUCUUCCUGCUCCUUCUGCUCCUCCUUCUCCUCUUCCUCCUCCUGCUCCUCCUCCUCCUCCUCCUCCUCCUCUCUCCCUCUAUCUCUUUCUCC